AAUAAGCAUGGCAUAAAAGGCCCUUUAUCCGAGGAGGAAAAGAAACAGAGAAGGCAUGUGAAUUGCAAAUGGUAUCAAUGGUAGCCAUGAAGGGGCACCCGGGCAGCGGCAAAUCCAGCAUUGCCCAAUCUCUGGCCAAAUCCCUGAAAUGGGCUCUUCUGGACAAGGACGAUGUCCGUGAUUCUACUCUUCCCCUUCAGUCCCUGGUCGCAUCGGCCCUCAAUGAUCUUUCCUACGCGGUCGUAUGGAGAAUGGCUGAUACCCAGCUCAAAUGCGGCACCAGCAUCAUUGUGGAUUCCCCGCUAUCUCGCCCUCAUCUCUUCCAGGAAGCUGCGGCUCUGGCCGCACAACAUGGCGCUCGCCUUCUCAUCGUCGAGUGCAGGGCUGGGAAUGAAGAGGAGUGGAGGAGGAGGUUGGAGGAUCGAGCCCAGAGGAGUCCUUCCUGGCAUAAGCCUCAUUCAUGGGAAGCGCUAAUGAAUUUGGUGGAGGGCUACAGUGGCUGCUGUGACUAUGAUACACCUCAGGCCAAGAAGCUUGUUGUUAACACCACUUGUAAUUUGGAGAGAGAGGCCUUGAAUGAUAGGGUUUUGGAUUGGGUGAGACGAGCAGACAUGGCGACGCCUGCUGUAACUUUCCUUCCGUGAGAAAAGUACCCAAGUACAGAACAUGAUAUCCUCUGUCCCAGCUCUUUCCAGGCUUUCUUAGUCAUCCCAAGGGAUUCGCUUUAAAAGUUUCAGGUCUAUUCAUUAUUCUUUGAUGAGGUACAAAUCUGAAGCAUGGCCAUAGACUUUCUUAGCUUCAAAAUUUUCAUGCAUUGAAGUCUCACUUGAUACUUUAUGUAAGCUUCCAAGGAAAUGUUUACCCUCCUUAAGUAAGAACUUUUAAGACGAUGAAGGGCUCUGUAAAUGCUGUUUUCCCAAAAUGGAGGUUCUGAAGCAGCAAUGUGAAGUAUGUCUAAAUUUAGUUUUUGUAUUCAGAAAAAAAAAUGAUUGUAUUCAAAUUGAAUUGGUCAAGCCCUCAUCCGACAUGAGGUAACACCUAA